CACAAUCAUAUCGAUUUUUUUUUAGAUUAACCUAUGAUAUUGUUAAAACAAAUAGAAAAUGAAAUACGCAAGCCAAAGGUGUACAUUUCUAUUCAUAUAUAUAUAUAUAAGGAGAUAGUGAGUAAUUGAUUGAUUGAAAGUAUCAUAAAUAAAUCUAAUACUAUUGUACACUAUCAUCUUGAUAAUAGUCGAUUUUGAUCAACUAAUUUUACGAUCUUGAUGUAAAUCAAAACUUUUCUUUAAUUUGAAAUACUUCAAUAUUAUAAAGAUUAUAAUUUAAUAAUGUGCUGUUGUGAAUAUGAGAUAAUUAAAUAUAUCAUUAUUUAUUUCAUAACAAUAAUGAUGGUGAUUUAUCUUGUUAGUGGUGAAGAUUAUUUACUAACAAAUGAAGAUAUAAGUAAAUUAACUGAAACAACAAGACAAACAACUAUUGAUCCAAUUUUAUUAGAAUCCUAUCGUAAAACUACAAUUAAAUCAUUUAUUAUAUUUGGUGUUAUAUUUGGUCUUAUUAAUGUUGCUUGUUGGAUUGUAUCAAUCAUAAAAGCGAUUAUAGACAGACGAAAAAUAAAAAAGAGAAAUUUAGCUCGUCAAGAUGCAAAACGUUUCAAAACUGAAAGUCAUAGAAAAUCAGUUCUAAAAGAUUUAAUAAAUCCUGAACCGCCAACAUUAAUUUUACCAAAUAUUGUUGAUAACGCAGUAAAAAUUCAUAAAAACAUUUCACCAACAACUUCAAAUCCAUCAGAUUCUCCAAUUCAUCAUUUUUCAAGAUGUUCAACUUUACGACGUUCUGAUUCACUUAAACGAUCAACACAAAGUGAAAUAGAUGAACCAACAGAAAAAGAUUUAUUUGUUAAAUAAAUUAAUUCUUCUAUAUUUCAGUAGUGUUCUAUGUAGUUUGGGUUGUUUUUUUAUAGUAAAAUACUUUGUUCCAUCAGUUUCCUUAUCAAAUGAAUAUCCUAUAGAAUACUUUGAACAUAUAUUACUUAUUGUUUGCUACUAUGUAACUUACUACUAUUUUUACAUAACCAAAAGUUAUUGAAUUACUAUAACCAGUAGUGUAUAUCAAUAAAUUUUAAAAUUUUAUUACUAUUUACAUGUAACCAUGGAAAUAUUUGAAUAUAUUCAUACCAUAUGUUUAACAGAUAAGUGUUUAUAUAUAAAUAAAUACUUAAAUAUUAG